AUGAGAGCCGUACGAAAGGCCAUCGACUUAAGCGGCCAUGGCCUCAGAUCUACAUCACAAUCCUCGCUUCGAUCCCUGGCCGUACAACGAAAUCGAUCGACCAAGUCCACAGCACCUCCUCCUGACUCUCUAGGCCCAAGAUGGCUAUCAGAGAUCAAACAACGCAUAGGCACCUGCCUAACCUUCGGCGCCACCGAAGAGCAAACUCACCGAGCAGGUCUCAUCCUCUCCGAAGUAGCACGCAACUGGCGAGAACUAGUCGUAGGCAGCGAAGGCUUCCUCACAGACCCGACAAGAAGAGGCAUACACCGACGAGGAGUGAUCUGGGGUGAGAUGGAUAGCAUGGGUCAUGUGAAUAAUGUAAUGUACAAUCGUUACGCCGAGUCAGGCCGCAUAGAAUGGGCGCAGAAGCUGGCACAACUCGACCCUGAGAAUAAGAAGGCGUGGAGUACCCUCUUCGCACCGACAGAAGCUGGAUUCAUUUUAAGGACGAUAACGACCGAGUUCAAAUUCCCGAUGAGAUGGCCAGACCAUAUCUCAAUCUACCAUAAAUUACACAACGAGCCGACUCCGGACGAUGCCGCGAUUGUUCUCGAUGUGGUGGUGAUGUCUGAACUACAUCAGCGGCCUGCUGCUCGGUUGAGUGAGGAUAUUCUGAUCUACGACUAUACCCGGGCGAAGAAGAUCGCGCUGCCGAAGUUCAUGUACAGUAUGUUUCUUGAGACUUGGAAGUUGCAGGAAGAGGCUAGGAGGGUGAAUAUGGAGAAGGGCGCUAGGAUUGGGGAGGAGGUGAGGCGGCUUGAAGUGGAGACUUGGGAUCGAGAGGGUGCUGUUGAAGAUAUGGGUAGUUAA